CUUGGGAAUGCUUUAGAAGUGUUAUUUUAAUUCUCUUUUUUAAAUUGUAAUGUUAUCUACAUUAAAUCAUAAGAGAAUGUAAAUUUCUUGUGAUGGGUUCAACCCUUUAUUUGCGGCUGCACACGCUCAUUUGAUUUUUAUAAUUGCCUAUCUGGUAAAUUAAAAAGGACAAAACAAACUUUUCGACCUGCCACUAUUUUAGAAUCAUGUCAGACGCAGACGAGGCGAUGGAGGAAGAGGCAUCCGCCAGCGUUUUCCAUCUAAACGUGUCUCAAGGACAGGGCGACGAGGCAGAAGAAGCCAAUGACCUGAGCAACUUGAUGAUUAAAAUCGGUGAAAAGUUCUGUAGCUUCGAGCACUACAAAACUCGAAUCAAGGAGCACGAGCGGGUGACGAGAACGCGGUUCUCGCUGAUGGACUCGAAGCUACUCACCUGGUUCAGCAAACCUGGCAAAAAUCCUCAAAAGGUCGCUCACGCCAAUCCUGAGAUCAAGUACUUCUCGCUCACGGCUUGCUGCGUCCGAGGAAAGAAUAAUAGGAGGACCAUCCCAGACAAGGAUAGGCUCAGAAACAAGCUAUCGAUGAAACUUGGCUGUCCUGCAUUGUUUCACAUCAAAAUGACUCCAGACGGCCAGAGCUUGCAGGUGAUGAGAAUGGUGCGAGAGCAUAAUCACCCUGUGGGCCAAGAAGAGGUGAAAUUGACCAGGCAGAAAGCGAUGAAGAUGAAGGUCGUCGUUCACGAGGGCUUCAUUUAUCGCAGGACAACGCCGAAAGGCGGUGAAGCUGUUCUCAAAUGCCAGACCGUAAAGUGCAAAGGGCAGGCGAUCGAGGAUAAAGACGACAAUGUGAUCAUCGUCGUCGCGCACAAUCAUGACUCCACUGAGGAGUCCCAAAAGAUGAACGACUGCUUGAAGAAAAUGGAGGAGCGGGCCAUCAGCGAGGCUAUCCCUGUCGAACAAAUAUUUGCUGAAGAGGCAGAGAAAAAUCCUGAUGUAAUCACCAGAAAGAGUGAAGGAUUUCUGGUCAAAACCUUGUCAAAGAAGAGGUUGCAGACAGAACCAGAAGUUCCAGAAAGUCUGCUAAGUCUGAGCAAUCUGCUUGUGAGUGACCAGUAUAGGCACAGGUAUGGCUGCAACCUGGAGGAGUUCCCAAGGGAGCUAUUCAUAGGGUGCAUCAAGGCCAAGGGCAGCGAGGUUGCCGCUAUCUUUGCCUCGCUUUUCCUCUGCGAAAGGUUCAACGGGCCCGUGGACGAAAUGCACAUUGACUGUAGUUUCAACGAUUUGCCAUCUGUACCUGAUGACAUGAAGUACAUUUUAAGCAUUCAUUUUGUCAAAAAGAAAAUGUUCUAUCCCUCGGUCUUUGCGUUCACCUCGAGUCGGUCAUCAUCGAUGAUAAAAGGGCUUCUCAUGUACCUGAAGGAAGAGGUGAUGCAGAACACAGCGCCAGACAUGAUCUAUGUCGACUUGAAGUGGCAAAUUAACUCUGUGCUGUCUGAACAGUUUCCAGGCUCAAUUAUUGAGCACUCCUAUAUUUAUUUCACUAAGGACAUCUGGAGCCAAGCCCACGAAAUCGGCCUGAUGGGCCUGCAGGAGCAGGAAUAUGUCAUCUUCUGGAUCCAGCAGCUAAUUUGCCUACCGUUCCUGCCAGCGGACCAAAUGCUGCUGGCGCUCCUUGAGUUUGAGAAAAGCUUGCCCGACGAGAUGGUGUGCUCGCCAGUGAUGGUGCUGCUCAUCCGCUACAUACAGGAAACGUGGCUGGACACGUUCGGUGACCAGAAUCUUAGUACGCACGAAAAUCACGGCCGCAGCAACUUGCUCGUCAACCAGUUCCACAAGAAAAUCAUCGCAGCCCUGAAAAUCGCCAAAGAACCAACUGUCUGGACUAUAAUAAAGUGCCUUCAGACAGUGGAGAGAGACAGCUGCAAGUGCUACACAAACGAGAUCAGCAACAUUCCAAUUAACUCGAACACCCUUUUGUUCAUGUGUCAAAUGGCCUAUGAUGAGAGAGUGAAGAAAAUUGAACAUGAAGUGCUAACUGAAAAGAUUGACGCGUUGAGUGCUCUCGAACCUUUGUCCAAGCGGCCAGUGAUUCAUGGCCUGACGCCUGAAGAGACCAUAUCUUUCACAGAUGCCUGCAGAAUUCAGAUUGAAGAAGUUGCAAAUGAAGAGGUGUCAAUUGACGGGAAAACGAGCUAGUGAAAUAAAUUUUUUUAAUAAACAAACUUUAAAACCUUAA